UUUUAAUGUACGCCACUUUAUUUACAUUGCCUAUGUAUUUGCAUUUGCAACCUUAUUUUAUCUUUAAAUUAAUAAUGUAAAUAAAAUUUGGGGUUAUGUAACGCGGUUGGCAAACCUGCUACUUAAGUUUUCGAAAAUUGUGGCGUGUUUUUUGCAGAUUUUCGUUACUUGUUCUUAAUUAUUACCCAAAAAUGCCGAAGAGAAAGAUUUUGGAUCCAGAAGUCGAAAAUCUCAAGAAACGAAAAGUAACUUCCACGAACGUCCCAAGCGCCACGACCAACAUAACCAAAAACAACAAAGACAGUCUUUCGUGGCCUAAGACCGACGUGCUUCAGCUGGUCUCAAACAUUGAGGAAAACAUCCCAAGUGACGACAACAUGUCGUACAUAUCACGUUUAGAGAAACUAAAGUGGGAAAAUGUCGCGUUUAAGGACUACUCCCCAAAGGCGUGCCAAGACAAGUGGGCUUUGCUCUCUAAGCAGGUGCGAAAAUACCGCCUGUUGGGUGAAAUCGCGGCCGACAUCAAGCAGUGGGUGGAGAACCCCAAACCACGCACUGUGCGGCACCCUGACAAGCCCAAACAGCCCAAAAACUCUUACAUGUUGUUCGUGGAAGCCAAGCGUCAAGAGGUGAUGGAUGAAAACCCCAGUCUUGCCCCCAAUGACGUAUCCCGGAAGUUGGGCGAAAUGUUCAGAAAUCUGACCAUGACGGAGAAGCAGAAAUACGAACAGGAGGCCAAAAUCGCCCGACAGGAGUACUUGGAGAAGCUUCAAGUCUUCUACGAGGCCCACCCCGAGAUGGUCCCUAAGAAAACGCGCAAACGUGGAAAGCCUCACGCGUGCGACGACGAGGGGCCCGAGAAGCCCAAGACGCCCUUCGAACUCUUCGUCAAAGUUGAGUCCGAGAAAGAGGAGAGUGAAGUCUCCAGAUACGUGGUGAUGCAAAAAUGUCGGGAGCGCUGGAACGAGUUUAGCGACAAGGAGAAGUUUUUCUGGAUCAAUUGGGCGGAAGAGGAAUACGCGAAGUAUUUGGAAGACUUGACGGAGUACAUAAAGGAGCAUCCCGAGUACGAACCGGGGCAGCUCAAGCCUCUCCUCACUAAAAACGAACGAAGGAUCAAGGAUCGAGCCUCUGGGAAGCCCCAAAAGCCCCCCAAGGGGCCCUACCAACUGUUCCUCAAGCUGAUGAUGGAGACUGAAGAGAUUCGUAAAAUUAACAGCCGCGAGCUUAUUAAUUACGUCUCGGAUAAAUGGAGGGCAUGCUCUGAGGAGGAGAAGAACGAAUACAGGACUCGAGUCGACCAAAUGUGGGCCGAAUACGAUACUAAACUAGAAGAGUACAUUUUGACUUUACCGCCAGGAAAAAGGGAUCAAAUCCGAGAGGAGGAAAGUCGCUGGAAACACAAAAGUCCCACUGUGGUCCCUAAACAAGUGACAAGAGACAAGAAACCCAAAAAACAUUUUGAAAAACCGUCAAUGCCUCCCUCCAACGAGUAUAAAUUUUUCUUGAGUGUUUAUAAAGGGAAGGAGAAUCCGGACAUGGUUUGGAAGGCCAUGACCAAGAAGGAGAAGGAGAUUUUGGGAGAGAAGUUGGAGGAAGUCAGACGGAAGUACAUCGCUGACUAUGAGGUCUACUUGAAAAGUUUGAGUAGAGAGGAGUUGGAGAAGUUGGGGGAGUCCCUUGCAGCCUCAUGUGACUCUUCCAGCGAAUCCGAGUCGGACAUGGAAGCCGAAGACUGAUGUUAACGUAUUGCUCAUGCACUUAUUUAUUUGUUUUUUUUUCGUUUUUGUUUGAUGUGUUGUGUUGUUUUUAUAAUAUUGUAGAUAUAAUGUAAAUUUCGCCCAAAUAAGAAAGUUUUUUAAGUA